ACUACAGUACAUUGACGGAGAGUCCGUCCUCCUCUACAAAAGCAAUGAAAGCGUUUCAUCUUGAUGAUAGUAUCCACGUCGUUGAACCGCAUGAAGAGGAGGAUGCCAAAUCAUUAUCUGAACAUAGAAUCUCUGUCAUACUGGCUAAUUAUAGAAAUAGUAAUGAAUCCAUCACUGUAAGACCGGAUAAGAACAGUUUCACUUCUCAAAGUAUUUUUCCAGUUAGCUUAUAUAUCAAAAUUUUCCCUUUUACCCUUUAUUUCCUGCACCACCUAGGAUGUGAAAGUUUCGAAUAACAAGGCAGAGAUGCAAAGAACAUCAGAUAUACUCACCACAGAUAGUACACUACAGGAACAAGAACUAAUGGAUGUGAGUGUAUCCACUCAAAAAGAUACUUUACCAUUAUCAUCAUCACCAUCAUCAUCAUCAUCAUCAUCAACAGCAACAACAGCGGCAGCACUAGCAGUAGAACAUGAAGCGUUCCAGUCUCAGCAAAUGCUUGAUCCUGCCUCUCUCAACAUAGAGCAACGGCAUGACGACGUGAGAACGACGCAUGAGGAGAGUGACUCAGUAAGGUUACAGACCGAAUUAACGACGAAUGAAUCACAAGACAAUGUGAAUCCAAUACCCGUGGAUGACAUCAAGAGCGACCAUGGUCCAAAGGCGAGCGGUACAGCUAGGGUAGAUAGUAUGGCCAAGGCUGCUGUUGUCAUGAUGCCACAAGAAAGCAGAACGAUACAGCAAAGUGCUCAGAGCGCUCAGAAACAACAUUUACCACCGAUGACACUCGUGCCAGUGCCGAGGUCCUCUUCUCUCAUGUCGACUUCUACUACAGCGUUCCCAGCAACGGCAUUGCCAAGAACGCCAUUAUACCCAAAAAAAGUCGACGAGAACAGCAGUAAACGUCAGAAAGACGCAGCUCAGCAACCCUGUACCGAAGCGUUGGUGCGCAAUACUGUAUCAGAGGUCGAAGCCACAGCAAUCACCGCUUCCCCUUCUCAUCCCAUGUCAUUGGUUUCACAGUAUGCGUCGCCUACCGAACGAGCUGCCAUGCUUGAUGAUCAGAACAUCUUGGACACCCACACCCACUCCGACAAUAAGCAAAAAACUUCUUUGAUCGCUUCGGCACAGCACUUGCUAUUGAAUGAUAAAACGUUUAUAGACGAGUUUACGGAAAAGCUAUCGUUUAUAAAAAAAAACAUAGCCAUCAUGAACGUCCAUCCUAGCAAGAACAAUAAGAUGGAGAGUAGUGCUGACGAUCAAGGGAGAGCAGUCUCUUCUCAUCAUUUCAAUGAGAGUCUUGCAACGGUCUCAUCCUACUCCAUCUCAAACCAGGAUGCUCUUGAGGGUGAUAAUGAUCGUUAUCAACAACAGUCGCAUCAUGACGAGAACGGUCCUCUUUCUGCUUUUCACGAAGAGGAGGAGGAGGAGGAAGAAGAAGAGGAUCACACGAAUAUUGACGAAGAAUUGAUCGAACUGAGCAAAAAGGUGGUUCACAAUGUUCGUACGUUGGGCGAAGGCCUCAAAACGAACGGAUUCCGUAUUUUUAACAACUUAUCCACGAGACUGAAAACGCUUCAAAAAGAAUACAUAAACAAUCACCCUGAGUUGAACGAAAACAAUAUCGCGAUAUAAAUACAAAACCCUUUUUUUUUAAAAAUACAUGUUUCUUGGUUGAUUCUUUUUCGCUUUCUCUGCUUCGCCUCGCCAUUUUUGUUUUUGUUUCAUUUUUGCAGACCCUACUAUGUGUGGGCAUUGAGCAACAGCAACAACAACAACAGCAAAGCAGCAGCCGUUGCACUUGUAUUACAGUGACUUGUAGCUCUCUGCUAUAAAAGUUGAAUGCAUAAAAGUACGGCCAGAAGCUGCAUAACAACUGAAUGUUUAUGUCUGCAGUAUUCUAAGAUGGAAUAGAUCGUUUGUUUGCUCUCGAUCUUUUUGAGUUAUUCUUCAUAUUUUGUUGAAAAUGAUUCAUCUACAGAUCAGAAACA